GUUAUGGUUAUGAAAAUACAGUAGAAUUCAGUGGAAAUGGAGGAGAUGCAUAUGAUUGUUCUGAGUACGCGGCUUUAAUGUACACGAAUCCGUUCCCGAUAUGUUGCUUCCCGAGAAAACUUAACAGAUUCCAGCUGUGCUGUGAAAUGAUUUCUUCAUAGACCAUACCGAUACACAGGAUGUCCCUCAUGUUUGGAAAAGCUAGAACUUGUAACAUUGUCACUGUUCCUGAACAUGAACCAGCGGAAUGCAAUGUUGUUGUUCUUGGCGUUAUGGGCGUAGGAAAAUCAGCUCUGACAGUGAAAUUUCUCACUAAGCGUUUUAUUAGUGAGUAUGACCCAAACUUGGAGGACACCUAUUCCACUGAGGAGAUUGUGGAUCAGCAGCCAGUUCAUGUGAGAGUGAUGGACACUGCUGACCAGCAUGGGCCCGUGAACUGUGAGCGUUACCUGGGCUGGGCCAGCGCUUUCCUCAUUGUCUACAGCAUUGAAAGUCAACGGAGCUUUGAAGGCUGUCAGCAGUACCUGGAGGCUGUGACCCUCUAUACAAAGGGCCUUCAGCCUGAAGCCCCUGUCCUUUUGAUAGGCAACAAAGUGGACAUGGAGAGAUACAGACAGGUGAGUAAGACGGAUGGCUCUGCUUUGGCUUCACGCUAUGGCUGUCUGUUCUUUGAGGUUUCUGCGUGCUUGGACUUCCUGUCUGUACAGCACAUUUUCCACGAGGCCAUUCGGGAGGUAAGGCGUGAGACGGAACGAAACAUGCCAAUGCGACCUCUCUUCAUCGCUGAGGACAAACCUGUAAUCAACCUAUCGUCUGCUCCUUCUCUCACUGCCUGCUACAAAGAGCUCCCUGCCCCAGCUACUGCCAAGCUGGUCACCGUCAAGUCCUCUAGGGCCCAGAGUAAGCGUCGGGCUCCCACUCUCACACUCCUCAAAGGCUUUAAGAUCUUUUGACUCAGGGUUGUGUGUGGUACUGAGAAAACACUUGACUUUCAUAGAGAUUGGGGCUUGAUA